CAGGUUGAUGGGUGUGGCGUUGACCUGACGCAAGCUCGGAAGUAUUUCCAGAGAUACCGGGUCUGUGAACGGCAUCUAAAGUCGCCGUCUUUGCAAAUGGACGGACGUAGCGUUCGGUUCUGCGACCAGUGUUCAAAAUUCCAUGAUAUUAUCAUGUUUGAAGGCAAUCGCAGGUGC